GUGACGCUACGCACCUCGGCGCGCGAAGUCCGAACUGGCAGACGGCGGAGCACGUGCUGGUGCCCCGGACUAACUGGGGUGAAUUCUUGGGACCCUUGGUCGUGGAAGGCUUCCGCAGAGACUAGUGGGCCGAGAGGCGCGGAGACCCUGGAACUGGAAUUCCCUGGAAAACUGCGUCAUGUCCCAGUGCCACAGGCUGGCAUCCCUUACCUGGAGUGGCUGAGACCCUGAGAUGUUCAGAGUGGGUUUUGUCUCACAGACCCGCACAGCCUGCAUGUCAGCCAACCUCGGAGCCCUCCUGAGAACAGGCCAUAAUGCCCAAGAUAAUCCUGAGUGGGGUGACCGUGGAUUUCCCCUUCCAGCCAUACAAAUGCCAGGAGGAGUACAUGGCCAAAGUCCUGGAGUGUCUGCAGAAGAAAGUGAACGGCGUCCUGGAGAGCCCCACGGGCACAGGGAAGACCCUGUGCCUGCUCUGCAGCACGCUGGCCUGGCGGGAGCACCUCCGUGAUGCCAUCUCCGCCCGCAAGAUUGCUGAGAGGACCCAAGGGGACCUCUUCCUCGAUCGCCCCUUGUCUUCCUGGGGGAAUGCUUCUUCAGAGGGAGACGCCACAGCUUGCUACGCGGACAUCCCAAAGGUCAUUUACGCCUCCAGGACCCACUCGCAGCUCACACAGGUCAUCGGCGAGCUUCGGAACACGUCCUACCGGCCCAGGGUGUGUGUGCUGGGCUCCCGGGAGCAGCUGUGUAUCCACCCCGAGGUGAAGAAGCAGGAGAGUAACCACAUGCAGAUCCACCUGUGCCGCAAGAAGGUGGCGAGUCGCUCCUGUCAUUUCUACAACAACGUAGAAGAAAAGAGCCUGGAGCAGGACCUGGCCACCCCCAUCCUGGACAUCGAGGACCUGGUCAAGAGUGGGAACAGGCACAAGCUGUGCCCAUACUACCUGUCCCGGAAUCUGAAGCAGCAGGCUGACAUCAUCUUCAUGCCCUACAACUACUUGCUGGAUGCCAAGAGUCGCCGGGCACAUGGCAUCGACCUGAAGGGGACGGUGGUGAUCUUCGAUGAAGCUCACAAUGUGGAGAAGAUGUGCGAGGAGUCGGCGUCCUUUGAUCUGACGCCCCACGAUGUGGCCUCUGGAUUGGACGUCAUUGACCAGGUCCUGGAGGAACAGAGUAGGGCAGCGCAGCAGGGGGAGCUCCGCCUGGAGUUCAGCGCAGACGCCAACUCAGGGCUGACCAUGGAGCUGGAGGACAUUGCGAAGCUGAAGAUGAUCCUGCUUCGCCUGGAGGGUGCCAUCGAUGCCGUGGAGCUGCCCGGAGGUGACGGAGGUGUCACCAAGCCAGGGAGCUACAUCUUCGAGCUGUUUGCCAAGGCCCAGAUCACACUUCAGACCAAGGGCUGCAUCUUGGAGUCCCUGGACCAGAUCAUCCAGCACCUGGCAGGACGCGCAGGGCUGUUCACCAACACGGCGGGACUGCAGAAGCUCGCGGACAUCAUCCAGAUGGUGUUCAGCACAGACCCUGCCGAGGGCAGCUCCCCAGUGGGGCCCGAAGCCUCUCAGUCCUACAAGGUACACAUCCACCCUGACACCAGCCACCGGGGGACAGCUCAUCGGUCAGAUGCUUGGAGCUCCACGGCGUCCAGAAGGCAAGGAAAGGUGCUCAGUUACUGGUGCUUCAGCCCUGGCUGCUGCAUGCGCGAGCUGGUCCGCCAGGGCGUGCGCACGCUCCUCCUCACCAGCGGCACGCUGGCCCCGGUGUCCUCCUUCGCCCUGGAGAUGCAGAUCCCCUUCCCAGUCUGCUUGGAGAACCCGCACGUCAUUGACAAGCACCAGAUCUGGGUGGGGAUUGUCCCCAGAGGCCCUGAUGGAGCCCAGCUGAGCUCCGCCUUUGACAAACGGUUCUCUGACGAGUGCUUGUCCUCUCUGGGGAAGACGCUAGUCAACAUCACGCGCGUGGUCCCCCACGGGCUCCUGGUCUUCUUUCCCUCCUACCCCGUCCUGGAGAAGAGCCUGGCGUUCUGGCGGGCCCGGGACUGUGCCAGGAGGCUCGAGGCCCUGAAGCCUUUGUUUGUGGAGCCGAGGAGCAAGGGCAGCUUCUCAGAGGUGAUGGGCGCGUACUACGCAGCUGUCGCCUCCCCGGGAUCCCGAGGGGCCGCCUUCCUGGCCGUGUGCCGGGGGAAGGCCAGUGAGGGGCUGGACUUCGCAGAUGUGAAUGGCCGAGGGGUGGUUGUCACGGGUCUCCCGUACCCCCCACGCAAGGACCCCCGGGUCAUCCUCAAGAUGCAGUUCCUAGAUGAGAUGAAGGCCCGGAGUGGGGCCUCGGGCCAGUUCCUUUCUGGGCAAGACUGGUACCGGCAGCAGGCGUCCAGGGCUGUGAACCAGGCCAUCGGGAGGGUCAUCCGGCAUCGCCACGACUAUGGGGCCAUCUUCCUCUGUGACCACAGAUUCACCAGUGCGGAUACCAGAGCCCAGCUGCCAUCCUGGGUGCGCCCCCACGUCCAAGUAUAUGACCACUUCGGCCACGUCAUCCGAGAUGUGGCCCAGUUCUUCCGGGUGGCUCAGAAAACAAUGCCGGCGCCCCUAGCUGCCACCCCGAGCCCGGGCCCGGGAGAAGGCACCGUCCCAGUGGCUGUGUCGCUCGGGGCCCUCUCCACCAAGAAAGCCAAGAGUGUGGACCUGCACGUCGCCAGCCUGAGGCGGAGGCCUCCAGGACUGCCAGCCUCCGGGGAUGGCGGGGACACCGAGGGCAGCCUGUGUGUGGAGUACGAGCAGGAGUCGGUUCACACCCAGCGAAGGCCUGUGGGGCUGCUGGCCGCCCUGGAGCACAGCGAGCAGCUGGCCCGAAGGCCCGGGGAGCAGGCCGGGCCUGGGGAGGAGGAGGCACAGUGCCGCUCCAGCACAUCCCUCCCGGGUGAGAAGAGGUCUGUGGCGGAGCAGAGAGGAGGCAGGAAGAAGAUCAGGCUGGUCAGCUGCCAGCAGGAGGGGCUGGCGGCAGGUGCGCAGGCGGACAGAGCCAAGCUCUUCAUGGUGGCCGUGAAGCAGGCACUGAGCCGGGCCAGCUUUGCCGCCUUUACGCAGGCCCUGCAGGAGUACAAGGGCUCGGACGACUUCCAGGCUCUGGUGGACCACCUCAGCCCCCUCUUUGCCCAAGACCCCAAGAAGCACAGCCUGCUCCAAGGCUUCUACCAGUUCGUGCGGCCCCACCACAAGCAGCGAUUUGAGGAGCUCUGCCUCCAGCUGACGGGCCGAGGCUGUAGCCAUCUGCCUGAGCACAGCCUUCCGCGUGGGCAGUGGACACAGCCAGCCCCGGACCCCGGUGGAAGGAGGGAGCCUGUCCCCAAGAUGACCCUGUCCCAGAGUGCGGCCAGGCAGCUGGACACUGGAGGGCACCUGAACCAGGGACAGCCUCACCUGGCCUCCAGGCCACCACCAGAAGGAGACACCGGCCUCUGUCCACAAGAGGGGUGUGGCGCCCCUCAAGCGGAGAAGCCGAGCCAGCCUGCUGUGAGCACCUACCUGGCAGACGCCCGCAGGGCCCUGGGGGCUGCAGGCUGCAGUCAGCUCCUGGCAGCACUGACCACCUACAAGCGGGAUGAUGACUUUGAGAAGGUGGUGGCUGUGGUGGCAGCACUGACCACCUCGAGGCCCGAGGACUUGCCGCUGCUGCAGAGGUUCAGCAUGUUCGUGCGCCCACACCAUAAGCUGCGCUUCUGGCAGACGUGUGCAGACCUGACCGGCCAGCCCACCCCGGACACAGGCCCCUCCGAGCCAGAGAGACUAGGGAGGACCCAGAGCAAGAUCUCCUCCUUCCUCAGGCCACGGCUGGAUCCCCGUGACCCCACGGACAGACAGCCUGAGUGGACCCCCAGGAGGACACUGCAUACUGGACCUGAGGUGCCUCCGCCAGGAAGCAGAGCCACGGGCCACUCUUCUGAGACGCCUGGGCACGGCAGGGCCUCCAAGGCUGAGGCCACCCUCCCUGGAUGCAGCAUGGACACUUGUCUGCUGGCUCAGGGUGGGCCAGGCCCAGCACCAGCAACCUACCAGUCAGAGGCCGGUCUGCACAAGGGACACCCCUGAGACCGCAGCCAGGUCUCGGGCCACCUGGGAGAAGCCCUGAAGCCACUGUGGGGUGGGUGGGCGAGGUGCUUCCCCAGAACUUUCCCGGGCUGCUGGCUUGUGGGGGUGGGGGGCUCAGGGGUCCACAGCUGGGCCGCACCUGGAGCGGGUGGUCUGCUCCCUGGCAUGCUGGGACUGUGCCUGGAGGUGGGCUGAAUAAAGCUGCUGGCAUAUGGG